AGUUGGACCGGUGACUGACUGUCAUCUCGAGACGCUCGCGCGACAGUCGCAGUUAUAUAAAAUACAUAUUUAUGAUAUUUUUUUGAAUGUUAUUCUGUGUUUGAGGUGUUGACCCGGUCCAGAAGGAAAAAGAACGAACGACACAAGCGACGUCGCUCAUUGGAAGAUGUCGGAGUCAGAGAGCUGGUCAGACGUGGACGUGGAGGGGGACGCCGGCGAGGUCAGCCCGCCGUCGGGAGGCGGUGGCGAGCGGCGGCGCUCGUCCUGCGUGGAGGAGGUGGCCCUGCUCUCUCUGCUGGAGCAGAGCGGCAGCACCAUCGUGCAGGAGAACGGCCAGAGGAAGUUCGGCGGACCGCCGCCUGGUUGGCAGGGGCCGCCACCGCCGCGGGGCUGCGAGGUCUUCGUGGGGAAGCUUCCCCGGGACGUGUACGAAGACGUGCUGGUGCCCCUGUUUGAGAGCGUGGGCCGUGUCUACGAGUUCAGACUGAUGAUGGAGUUCAGCGGCGAGAACCGCGGCUACGCCUUCGUCAUGUACGCCAACAGGGAAGCCGCUCAGCGAGCCAUCCAGAUGCUGGACAACUACGAGGUGCGCCCGGGAAAGUUCAUUGGCGUGUGCGUGAGUCUGGACAACUGCCGCCUCUUCGUCGGCUCCAUCCCCAAAGACAAGAGGAAGGACGAGAUCAUGGCGGAGAUGAAGAAGGUGACGGAGGGGGUGUCGGACGUCAUUGUGUAUCCCAGCUCCACUGAUAAGACCAGAAACCGAGGUUUUGCCUUUGUUGAGUAUAAAUCCCAUAAAGCUGCAGCUGUAGCCAGAAGAAAGCUCCUACCUGGAACCUGCCAACUGUGGGGUCAGGUCAUCCAGGUGGACUGGGCCGAGCCGGAGAAGGAUGUGGACGAGGAGGUGAUGCAGCGCGUCAGGGUCCUUUACGUCCGUAACCUGAUGCUGAGCACGAGCGAGGAGACCCUCCGCCACGAGUUUUCCCGCAACAAGCCCGGCUCGGUGGAGCGCGUUAAGAAGCUCACUGACUACGCCUUCGUCCACUACCGCUGCCGCGACGACGCGCUCGCCGCACUCCGGGCGAUGAACGGGGCCCAGAUCGACGGCGCCACUGUGGAGGUGACGCUGGCCAAGCCAGUGAGGAUGAGGGACGGAGGUGCGACCAGCAGGGGCUACAACGGCAGGACGGACCUGGACAACGACACAACGGGCGGAGGAGGAGGUGGGGGAGGAGCAAGAGCAGGGAAAGGGGUGUUCACGGUUCACAAGAAUGACGGCGGGAUGCUAGGACGAGCUGAGGACAGGUGCUCUCCUCUGAGACCCGUGUUCCUGCCACCGCCCCUGGGGAGCCCUGUCUACCCAGGACCAGGAGGAGACAAUGCCGACAGGUGUGUGUUCCCGCUCUUCCCUGGGACCCCGCUCUCCCCGACCAACCUGCUGCUGCUCAGGCAGAGUCAGAUCAGCUCGGCUGUCAGCCUGCUGGACUUCUACUGCCGCAAGAACUGCUGGCCGCAGCCAGAGUACCACCUGUUCUCCACGCCGGGGCAGGACGGGCGGCUUCUGCUGCUCUACAAGGUUGUGAUCCCAGCAACACAAAGCAUCUACAUCCCGGACAAGCUGUGUUUUCUGCUGGAUGACGCCAAAGAACUGGCUGCACAGACGACCCUGUGCAAACUGGACUCGCUCCUGAGCGAACCGUCCUGUGACUCGGAGGGCAGCCCGUCCCCGCCGCCGGCCCUGCACUCCCCCGCCACCACCCCGGGGGUCCUGACCUGCGGCGGCCGGGCCUUCGCAUCCUGCCUCCCUCCUCCUCCCACCCCGCCCUCCCCCUUCCCCUUCCCCUUCCCCCUCUCUGCCCUCUCCUCUUUCCCAGCCCUCACCCCCCCUGUCUCCCAGACACCAAGGCUCUACAUCAGCUCCCAGUCGCCUUUCUACUGACGUAAAAGUCUUUACUCUCACAUCAGGACACGAGGCAGGAAGCUUCCUCUCGUCUCGUCACAGCUGCAGGACGACGGCGCUCGGCAGAGGAGACGAGAUUUACUAUACGACUCAAACAUGUCCCAUCGCAGUUUGUUUGUCUGGGCCGACGUUCAGAGCUAUGGCGGCGUCUCGCCCGCAGAUGUUCGGCGAACUGUUCACGUUCCUCCCGCCAGUUUGUUUUAUUCUGCCUCUGUUUUUAAAAGCAUAUAUAUCUCUUUCUCUCCCACAGACGAGCGGGAUAAUAUUUAGUCUCUGACGAGCCGCUCUGCUUCGUUCUCCUCUGAUAAACAAUGAAUCGUGUUUAGGUUUCGCAAAAAAACGUCCGCUAGCUAUCUACCUCUGGUGAAUGUCAAACCUCCCUCCGGCUCCUCUCUGGAGUCACUUCCCAUGAUGCCUCAGGAUAUCACACACACAUGAACGUCAACCAUCAAAUAAGUUGUCAGGUGAAAGAUUUUUAUGAUUUAUUUAUUUCCGUAGAAGACGAAGCUUUGUGUUUUUGACGUGUAAAGUAAUUUGAGUGUUUUCCAGGCUCGUCUGUAGAGAACCCAGAGUUCUUCUGGCCGUCGGACAAACAACGUCUUUUUUUUCUCUCAGAUGAUCACAGACAAAUCUUAAAAGCUAAAAUAAGAAAACAUUUUGUGGAAGUUGUUCCACGUUUCCCUAAUUUGCCUGACCCACAUUUUUUAGGGCUUUGAGCACUAAGAUCCCUCACUUCGUUUUAGGCUCAUUUAAAUCGCAGAGGAAACAAAGGAGGCAGACGACCGUUAGAUGGAGUUUUCCCAAGUUUCCCCAUUUGUGUUUUUAAGAAAAUUAGGAUGUUUCUCUACUUUUAUCUCCUCCUCUCCGUGGUCGUGCAGGCGCAUGAAAAGAGUCUUUGUAAUCUGGAACUGAAGCAGUCGUCCUCGAAAACCAGCGUCACUUACUUCAUUUCAUUCAUGAGCAACUCACAGAUCAACUAAUCAGUCGAUUGGAACAAUAAUUGGCGACGGUUCUGAUCGACGAUUCAUAGUUUUUCCAACCAGAAAAAUGAGUAAGAGACACUUUUCUUAAUCGCGUAACAUCACGACCUUACGAUUUAACUCGUGUUAUGAAAUCAACUUCAAUUAAUAGUACGAGUCAAACACUUUUCAGUCCAUUUACUCGUAAAAAUGUGUAAAUUCGUUACAUAAACAAAGUUUAAUCAACUUUAAACUAUAUACGUUUAGAUUCUACAGUUAAAAAUACGUCAAAGUUUUAUUUUUAUUUUUAAAGAUUUCCUCAAAACAACAGAAGAAACCAAAAUAAUGAAUAAAAACUAUUCACCACCAUUUAACAGCAGCAUUGAAACCUGUUUUUUAAACAAUCCGAUUCAUAGAGACUAAAGGUUUGUGUUUAAUGAGAAAUUGAGAAUUUAACUUAAUUUUUUUGCGCCUAUUUUUAAUCCAUGUGUUUUUAUCUGGAGAGGAGGCAGAAGGAGAAAAACAAUCCUCUUCAUGUUUAUUGAUUUGUUCAGACGGGAGCAGCUGAUCGUUCUUGUUGAUUCAGGCUCUGGAGAUUUACGUGACGUCAUAUAUCAACACUUUUCUGCUUCUGAAGUUUUUGUCCAGACGUUUUGUUCUCUCAACAUUCUGAGAGUGAUGAGAUCAUCUUAAGAGUCUUGUCAAAAUUUAAAAGAAAAAAUCCCUGUUUAUCCUUUUAUUCCGUGAAUUAACCCAUUUUCUUUAAAAUCCAGAUUUUAAUUUAAUAUAGAAAGAUUUAGUGACUCAAAUUUAAUCCUAAAUGAUAGUAUUGAUAAAAUUAAAUACAAACCGUAACAACCCUAUUUAUUAAAAAUCAGGAAAAUAAUCAAUAAAUGAAUGAGACCCUAUUUAUUUAACCUUGAGCGUGGAAUGAGCCUCAGCUUACGAAUGAAGCGUCUGAUUACACCGCGACAACUCAGCCUUGUGAUUGAAAUUGUAAGUGUGUAUUUUUUCUCUCUGAUUCAGAAACCGAUGAAAUGUCAAUGAUCCGUGUUGUGUACCAACGGACACGUUCAGAAUGUUUAGAAAUAAAACUUUGCCUCUGUUGA